AUGCCGGUCAAUCAGGGGGUUGUCUCCGCGACCAUCGCAGCUGCUGUUGACAUGACACAGAUAGACUAUCAGUUCCUGAACCACGAAACUGACCCGCCAGAGAUGCCGCCCAUAAAAAUACAGAGUCCGGAAAGGGACCCCAUCAACAAACUUGCAGGAACCGCGUGGCUUGGCACCACGCGCACCGAAAUUGCUAAUCGGAGCUCGCCGUCCGAGGCACCUGCACAAUUGCAAUUCGCAGCAAACUUGUGCUUCAGUCUAUUAGCACCUCUGAACCAGUUCAUAUUUAAAUCACCUAACUAUGUAUGCGGGCCUGGGUUUGUCGCUGCAGUCCCAGCUCAGAUCAUACCUUCACCAAGGGUUCAUUAUAGCUCAUGUCGCCAGUUCUUGGGCAUGGCCGCAUGGGUGAAAAUAGCCACCGCAAAAGGCAGCAUUCAAUUCGUGGGCAAAUCCAUUCAGUUCUGCGAAUGAGCUUGGAUAUUAUCACCAUUGGGUCGUUGUUGCGUCUAUGAGCGGCCUGCUUUUUGC